AUGCACGGGCUCGACGUCGCGUGCACAGUGCUCGCCGCGGUCGCGAACCCGGACCGCGGCGUGGGCCAGCGGUGGCUACUCACGGACACGCACGUCUACGACUGGUGGGGCUGGCAGCGAGGUGGCGCUCCGCGGCGUAGCAGGGGUGGUGCGGGAGCUCAUGAGCUGCCGCGGCCGCCGGAGAUACUCGGGCGGGCGAUGGACAGCGUCGAGUUCAUCGUCUACAAGAGUAUAUCGGAUGUGAUCUCGUGCAGAGAGGACCUCGUCUUCGCCGCGUCUUCCGCGCGCUGCAGCCCUGUGCGGAUUCAAGACACGGCACCGCUCGUCCUCGUCCUCGUCCUCGUCCUGGAGCAGAUGACGCUACGCUUCGCGCUGCACUUCGCCGCGCUCGUCCGCCCCUGUGGGUUAUGGGUUGUCUCUGCCGCGCGCUUCAAGUUUCUUGGAGACCACGCACCGCGAUUGCGAGCCCGAGCGGACUCGAACACGAAGUCUAAAACUGAGCCCGUGCGCCCGAGCUGCCAGUACGUACUGGGCGGACAAGCGCGUCACGCGGUCGACGUGUCUGUCGGCGCGGCUGGCGUCGUAGUAGACGGCCACGUCCCUUGUCCUCCUCCAGCGGAACAAAUCUUCUGA